UAUCAUUCUAUUCAUUUGCCUCCAAAUUAUCCAAACUCGCGACGAAACGGGUGCCAUGGCUUGUGAGUUAUAAUCUUCGCGGCCGACCUAUAUGCAGUCUAGAUGAUGACGCCCUCGACUUCCAGAUAAACGCUUUACUGAACCCCAGCUCGAUACCAUAAUCUCCAUCAUUCAGUUUGCCUCUGGAAACCAAGAUGUCCUGGGCAUGCAUGCAGGCCUUGCCUGGGGGAUCAACAAAUUCCAGAUCGCCUAUAUUCUAGCAACGGCUGAGUGGGAAUCUAAAUUCAGCCCUAUCGAAGAGAUUGGAGGGAAGAAUAAACCUUACGCUCCCUAUUAUGGCCGCGGCUAUGUGCAGAUUACCCACAAGGAAAACUAUGAUAAGUAUAGCAAGUUGCUUAGUCUGGACAUGGUCACCCACCCUGAGAUUGCUCUCAGACCUGAUGUAUCUCUUGUUGUUAUCGUGCAUGGGAUGUCCAAGGGUAGCUUCACCGGCAAGAAGCUCGGCGAUUACAUUACAGAUUUUGAUCACAAGGAUUACAUCAAUGCCCGCCGGAUCGUUAAUGGACUUGACAGGGCGGCCGAGAUUGCUGCCUUCGCCACGUUCUGGGAGGGUGCUCUAUCUGGGGUUAACAGCAUUGGCAGCGACCCUGCUCCCCGUCUCCUCUUCCUCAAACCGCAUCUUGGUGAGCUGUCCGACGGCACGGAGGCCGAUCCCAGGACCAAUCAAGGUCUAGAGCCUAGUGAAGCCAUCAAGUGUCCUCCAGGGGUGCAAUAUUGAUUGAGGAGAGAAUCGUUUGACUACCACGAUUGGUCGUUCCGUAGACAUCAGAGACUGAAUAAUAGCGGGUAUUCUUGGCAAAAAGAAUACGGUCAUUACAAGAAGUCGAAUAGCGGAUGCUUUAUGAUAAUCAGUAUAAUAUAACACGAAACCAAGACCUAAUAUGGGCAAGUGCGCUUGGGUGGCACAGGGAAAAAGCCGAG